CUGGGCCCGCCGCCCGACACCGAGCUGUGCCUGGUGGACCUGCCGCCGCUGAGGGCCUCGCUGUUCCGGGCGCCGCUGGACUGUGAGCGCUGCCGCCACGUGAGCGCCGUGCACCGCAGGAGCAACCUGAGCCAAGAGGAGUUCCUGCGGCGCUACGCCUACUCCAUGCAGCCCGUGGUGGUGGAGGACGGGCAGAGGAACUGGACCGCCGGCGGCGUCUUCAGCUUCGACUUCUUCACCCGCAUCUACGGCGGCGGCGAGAGGGAGCGCGAGGGCGAGGGCGAGGGCCGCCCGGCACCGGGCACCAGGACUGGCACCAGCCCCGACUGCCAGUUCUUCCCCUACGAGACCGACUUUCACGACCUGGCCGAGGUGUUCCGCAUGGAGGCGGGCAGGGCCGGCAUGGAGGGCGACACCGAGCCCUGGUACAUCGGAUGGAGUAACUGCAACUCCAGUGUAGCCAACAUCCUGAGACAGCACUACAAACGACCCUAUUUUAUUCCAACCAUUUCUGAAUCCAGUAAAAUGGACUGGAUAUUCAUGGGAGUGCCGGGGCAUGGAGCCCAUAUGCAUAUUGAUGAUGUAGAUAACCCAUCAUGGCAGGCCCAGAUCAGGGGUACCAAACACUGGAGGCUGGAACCUCCGGCAGAAUGUUACUACGAAUGCCCUCUUCUGGAAACGGUCGUCUAUCCAGGGCAGAUCAUUGUAUUGGACACGAAUAAAUGGUUUCACGAAACUCACAUUUUGGGCGAGGAGCUCAGCAUAACCAUUGGUUCAGAGUACGACUGAGAGGCGACCCUCGAACCUCAGGGAGAAGGAGCCAGUCACUACACAAUGCAGAUCACAGCUGAGAAGAGCUGCGGGUUUACAGUCAGAGAGACUCGGUCCAGGCCUGUGUCUAAUAGGAGCCUCGUGUGUUACAGGGCAACGCCACACAGCACAGAAUGCUGGAUUACUGGGAGGAACUCUGCCAACAGACAGGCUGACAUAGGGUUGUUUAUUCUCACCUGUUGCCCUGAACAUUUAAGCCACGGUGUGUUCUACAGUUUUAAAUAUUCACAAUGGCGAUUGGGAAAUGAGGGACUGGUGGGGUUUACCUCUUGUUUCAAUUUCUACGAGAAAAAAGUGAACUGAUUUUUUUUUCUUACGAUGCACAGCACGGUAAAAGCUCCUGGCCCCAGUGUGACAACCCAAAGGUUUUCACUGCAAGGAUUUUGCAAUGAAUGCCUCUCUAUGCCCCCGUAGACUCCCUGGCAUGAUGUCUACAGUUUGUGACACCAGGCUCUACGUCUUGUGGGACGUGUUACAAAACUGCCAGUUGUAUUUAAACACAGUAACACACACACAAAUACACAUCAAUACAUCAGCUACUGAGAAAACCACAGCAUACAUUCCCAUCUUCGCUUGAUCUAAACCAGAGAUCUCCAACCGGUCGAUCUGGGUGGUGUCUCGUAUGUGCUCAAUAAAAACAAGAGGCAGGAGAGAGAUUUACUGCAGUUUCACCAUUUCACCAUUGGUUUAAGUCUGUGAUUGGCUUAUAAUCCGCAUUAGCCCCCACCCCUCCAAUUCCCCUCUCUUAUACCCCUCUCUUAUACCCCUCUAUUCCCUUCUCCCUUAUGUAUGUGUCACGUUUCCUCUUAAACACAUUGAUAUUUGCUUCAACCACAGCUUCCAGCAGUGAGUUCUACUUUUGCACCACCCUCUGGUGUAUGAAGAAGUUACAAAAGAACAUGGACAUGCAAUUGUGGUUCAAUAGAUCAUUGAUUCCACCAGACUGCUUUAAUAGAGUUUACAACAACUUUCUAUUGUCAUGAUUAUUCCACACUUUAGAUAAACCAAUCUUUUAUUUUCAGAUGCAUUCACCCCCAUCCUCGCCUGACUCCACUGGCUUCCCAUCACUCAGAGGAUACAGUUCAAGAUUCUGAUCCUCACCUUCAAAGCCUUCCAUGGCCUUGCUCCCCCUACCUCUGACCCGUUACGAUCCUGCCUGCUCCCCCCCCCGCCCUCCUUCCCCGAUCCCAACUCCCCGCUCGGGUCUGAAACACUGACUAUCCAGCGCCUUGGAAUGUCCUCCUGACAUGAAAGGUGCUAUACAAAUGUAAUUUUGUUGUUACAUUGCUGUCCAAUCUACAGGUUUGAAAUUCUUUAAACUGCAUUACAAGUCACUUCCGUUGACCAUUUGCACAAUUGUGCAGAUUUUUUUCCAGUCAUAUAUGUUUACAGCUGUGGUAUUUUGUCACUGCAGCCCUUGUUUAUACAACACACAAGCCAUGCGGGUCUAAGGUCUUAGGGUAUUACGGUCAUAAAAUGCUGUAACUUGAAUUUGUUUCACAAGCAAUACCCAUGAGCAUUCUUGUCAAAAAACACCUCUCAGUUAUUCCAUGUGUGUUCUGUAUAUAAGGAAAUGCAUGUAAAAGAUUACUGUGAGUGACUUUGUCAUUAUUACCUUUCACUUCAUCUGUACUGUGAGGUUAUAUCAAAUGUGAUCUCUGAGCUCAAGCUUUGGCAAGGUAUUGACACCCGAGACGUCACCUUCAAGGAAUGAAAGGACAAAAAUAGAGUAAGAUGUGCUGUGUUGUUAAAAGUGAACUUUGAAGUAUUGAUGGAUAAAGUUUAAACUUA